AUGACGGCCAUGCUCGCUCGGGCUGUGGAGGAGGUCGGGUUGGAGUGGAGAGCUCCUCCCCCCUUCCGUCAACAGCCCGCCCCAUCCGCUCAGCAUGGUCUUCAGAGGCAGUCGGGUGUGACGGAUGGGCUCAUAACCCUACGUCCUCCCUCUCCUCUCUCGCCAGCGGAUGUGUCGAGCGCACCGGGACAUCUUCAUCAGAGUCUUCCCCGCGCAGCCAUCCAUCAGCGGAGUCAGUUAAUUCCCCUCGCCCGGUAUCUGGAAGCUUGGCAACAACUUCCCAGUCCGUCGCGCUGGCUUUUACGCACGAUCCGUCUUGGCUAUGCGAUACAAUUCGCCCGGCGACCUCCCAAAUUUACGAGCAUUCGUUUCACUAUACUGAAGCCCGCCGAUGCGCACGUACUGCGUGCGGAGAUUGCCAUCCUAUUGGCAAAGGACGAGAUCGAGCCGGUUCCUCCAGCCGAGAUGAGGUCUGAAACCCUCUUCAGGUCCAAAAAGAACUUUAUGCAAGGAUUGCUUGAACUUAGAGGAGGAGAGAAGAAGAUAAGGAGGAGGCAGAGGAGGGAGAGAUGCUCAGAACCAAGGUGCUGCUUUGAGCUUCUAGUACAACAGAGAAUCCAGAAACCAGCAGAGUAUAACCUGGAAACAAUGGAGCAUCUUCCACAGACAACAGGCAAAGGAGUCUUGAUGUUUGCUAAGAGACGUCAAAGGAUGGAUGAGCUUUCCACAGAACAAGAGGAAAUGAGACAAAAAGGCAAAGCAGUGGAUGCAGUUGUAAAAUAUGAAGCAGAAAUUGCAAAGCUUUCUCCACAAGAAGAACGUACACAAAUCCCACCAGAUGUCCAUUUUACCCAACAACAGCAGUAUCGAGAGCAACAAAUUUUGCCACAGCCAGCAAAUGGUUUGAAUGAUCCCGAUCUAUACCAAGGUUUGAAUGUUUCCAGACCCCUUGUUCCAAACAGAACCGCCAAGCCUUUCCUGGGUGGACAUAAUCAAGGCCAAAAGCAUUUUUCAGCAGUCAGAAGUGUCUCCAGUCCAACAACUAGGAAACCUGAAAACAUAUUCAAAGUGCCUGUUCCAGUAAACACAACCCCACAGCUUUGGUCACCCACAGCGGACAUAAUUGCUUCACGUGAUGAACGUAUAGCAAUACCUGCAAUCAGGACAGGGAUCCUGCCAGAAUCCAAAAGGAGAGGAGUAAGUAAGUCGGAUUUGAAAGGAAAGCAGGAGUCUCAAACAAAAGGUCAAAUAAUAGAAUCUGUUCCAGAAGAAGAUUUUCUCAGCCUGGGUGCUGAAGCAUGCAAUUUCAUGCAAGCUCCAAAAAUCAAGCAAAGAAACCCUCCACCUGUCCUGCCCAAACCUGUUAUAAACGCCGCUCAUCCACCCUGGUCCGCAGAAGGUCGUGGCUCUCACGGUGCCAUUUCAGCAUCAAACUCAGGACCAGCUUUUAUGGAUACCCAGGUAAAGAGAACAGCCCAGCCAAUCCCGCCACAGCCCAUGAGAAAAAGUUGGACCUCAUUGCCAUCUCAGCCAGUUGCCACAUCACAUCAGACUUUGCCUUCAACCCAGAUACCAGCUGUGUUUCAAGCAACCAAGACUACACCAGUCGCCCUCCAUGCUGGUCCUUCUCAGUCUAAAAUGUCAUGGACUAAGUCACAAAAUGAUGCCAACUCUGUUUCUUCCUGCCCACCACAGUACAAGAGCACAUACUAUAAUGUACCUAAGGCUCCAUCAGCAUUUCCUAAACGGUAUUCUGAUGCAGGUGCUUCUGAAGGGCUGAACCUCAAAGGAAAAGGAGCUGAACUGUUCGCUCGAAGGCAGACCCGAAUGGAAAAAUUUGUGGUGGAUGAUGAGACCGUGCAAGCUAACAAGGCCAGAUCUCCUUCGCCGCCACAUUCUAUGCCAAGCUUGUGGAAAUACUCAUCCAAUGUUCGUGCCCCUCCUCCAGCAUCCUACAAUCCGAUUUUGUCCCCUUUAUAUCCCCUUGCAGCAGUUAAACAGCCCCCAUCUGCAAUUAGUCAAAAAACACAGCCUAAAACAAACAAGGAGAAAGCCAAACCACCAGCCAAGCAUCUUAAUACUCUGGAUGUCAUGAAACAUCAGCCCUACCAGCUUGAUUCCUCGCUCUUCAGCUACAACUCCAGUGCAGAGGACACGGAAACUAGUUCCAGGUUGUGUUCUGUUUCCCCUAGAGGCGUUAAGCAAAAUUUUGCCCAAGCCCCCGCUAUUUUACAUGCCCAGUCUCCCUCUUUUGAUCCAUCUGCAAUGCUCUCAUCCUCCCCAAACAGUAUUACUAAAGGUUUAAAGCCAGUUAAGCAAACUCCAUCCAAAGCAAGUGUAAAGGAAUUUAACAGGAGCAGUUUGUUUUUUCCCCAAAGACAGUCCUCUUUGCCUCCCUCUUCACCUACCUCGACUCCAAACGUCAAUCCCAUGCGAAAAUCACUGACCAGGCAAUUUUCAUGGGUGGAACAACCCAAACAACCACUCUCUUCCUGGGAAGAAGUUGUUCAAAGCCCCUUUGGUCUGGACAGGGUCAAACUUACAGGUACAACUCAUAAAAAAACACUACCAGCAACAGUAGCAGAAUGUAAAGCGUGCUUUGGGACUUUUAGUGGUUCACAAGAGAAGAUGGCCAUAAAAUCUGGUAAAUCCACAACCCACAGCUUUUCUGGAGUCCCCCAAAAUCCUGUCUUAUAUGGGCUCCCUUUUCAUCCCGAAAAGCAUCUGGGGCCUAGCAACAGGUACAAUAAGAGUAAUUCUAUGCCCAGGAAUUUUACACUUCGAUGUGAUGCACAAUCACAUAGAGUUAGUCAAAAACUGUGAUACGUUAUGGAUAUACACAGUAGUUAUCAAUAUAUAACUGUGAUAAGUUAUCGAUACAUAAAGCAUUUUUUUAGAAACACGGCCUGUUUAGGAUUUUUUUUUGAGCUUUCAAUAUUUUCUUGUUAAGUACUUAUGGAAGAGAAAUGUUUUCAAUGUUUAUGAAUGUUGUGAUAGAUGCGGCUAGAGAAAGAGUUUGGACGAUCACUCCACUAGUAAAGAAAAGAGAAGGUGAAUAAUGAAAGGUAUGGUAUAAUAUACAGCAGAUAUAAUAUAAACGGAUUAUAUAGCUAAAAUAGUUUUUGAUUUAAGCAGAACAUUAUAUUACCUGGAUUGAGGAUAUUUAGAUCACUUAAUAAAAUAUAAGAGUUAUGGUUAAAUCUCUGUUAAUUAUAAAUAUGUUAAUAAUGCAAUUAAAAUGUUUAAAUCCAGGGCUGGUUCUAGAUAUUUGGAGGCCCUAGGCAAAAUUUAUGUCAUAGGUCACUCUCACCCCUCUUAUUUUUUUUAGAAUAAUAUGAGAAAGUAUCUAUAAGUAAAAAUAUUUAAGCAUUACAGUUAUCAAACUGUUGUUUUUUCUCUGUGACUUUUCUUUUUAUCAAGUUAACAAAUCGAUUAAAUUUAUGCUAAAAAGAAAAUUAUGCAAAACCACAUGUUUUAACAAACAUGCCUUACUAAAAAAUUACUUGUGUGCAUUUUGAGGCAAAACAAAAAUAUUGAUGUAUUUUAAGAUAUGUCAGUGCAAGUUGUUUUCAGUUUUGACAGCUCUUACAUUUAUUUUAGUCUAGGACUAGUCUAAUCCCUGUCUGGGAAACCACUUUAGGUCAGUCGUCAAAGUACAGCAAAAGCUUUUUGAGAAAUCAUACAGAGGAGUCUGCUUAUCAAUUGUUCUCGCUGUACUUCUCGCUGUAUCAUCCACCAUAAAGUCGAACUCACUUUAAAACUUUGUCUAUUGCCGUCAGUAGUGAUGACAGUGGUGGACUACACACAUGGAUUUAGCGGUUAUGGAGGCCUUCCUCCAAGUCUGACGCCCUAGGCAUCUGCCUACUGUGCCUAUAGGUAGCGCCGGCCCUGUUUAAAUCACAUUUGGAAAGUCUGAUAUCUAAAUGACAGAUUUAUUUUUUUGUUUUCAUUCUGUGGUCAUGUAUAUGCCUGAGUGCAUUUUUAGUGUGCAUUCAACAUUUAUAAAGAUGUUGAAUACUUAACUCUUUCCCCGCCAUUGACAAGUAAUCUUGUCAAUUAAGAGAAAGCAUUUGCAUGAAAAAAUGUGUUCCUGAUGAGUUUUUAUGGUUAUCUGUAAUGCCGUGAUUAUCCACUAGACUUACCCAAUUUAUAAAAAAACUGAAGCAAAAAAUUAUUUAUUAAUUUUACACACGAUUUGAUAAUCGCUUUGAAUCUGAUCUCCAACAAAAUUCCUUCACAAAAAUGCAAUUAUUUCAGCUUUUUGCUGAAAACACAUAGAUAGGAUAACACGUUUUUUCCUGUUUUGUUUGUUUGUUUAUUGUUUGCUUGAAAGCAGAGGGUCUGUUUUUUCAGAAAAUUUUCCUGGAAGGCAUUUUGUGAAACUUUUGUGAAAAUUACGAAAAAUGCUGGCCGGCAACUUUUCAAAAAAGGGCUGGUGGGGAAAGUGUUCUGGUUAAUUUUGUGUUAUACUGAUAAUUAUUAUUAUUAUUAUUUUUAAAUGUGCUGUAAUGUGUUUAUGGGAUAUGAAGGAAAGCUACAAAAUAUGAUUUUUUUGCACUUGAUAAUUUAUAGUGAAAUUUAAAUGGACACAGGCUGAAGGCAUGAAGGGCACUCUUAAACAUUUUGUGGUUUGCUCACAGACCAACAUAUUUGCUAAAUUAUAUAAUUAAAUAUAAUGCUUUUUAAUGAUUUGUAUUGUAUUUUUUUAUUUGGUAUGAUUUGUAAAUGUGUACAUUUCCAUUAAAGACCUAACAUUAACCUUUUCUAUCUGUUUAAUUUGAAUAGAAAAGCAUAUUAACCAAAAUUGCACAAUGUUUAUUGUCUUUUGUAAAUGUACAUUUUUCUUUUUAAUUUCUGUGUUGAGCUCAAAUGAUAUUUUUGUUCCUAGUCGCUAAUUCUAUAAAAAGAUCUCUGCUGUGUAACAACACUUAUAUGAUCACUUAUGAUUAUGAACACUAUCAUUAAAUUUCAUUGAGAAGAACCAUC